CCUUUAAGUCUUCAAGAUCCCAGCAUCAUGACCUCAGUUUCAACACAAUUGCUCUUAGUCCUCAUUUCAUUGCUUUUGGUUCUGCCAGUUGUUGAAGCAGUAGAAGCCAGAGAUGCAAUCGCUCUCUUGUUAGGUGUGGUUCUCAGCAUUACAGGCAUUUGUGCUUGUCUUGGUGUGUAUACACGAAAGCGGAAUGGACAGAUGUAA